AUGAAGACACAUCGUGUAAAUAAAAAAUCCGAUUCGGUGGUAACAAAAACAUUCAUUCCAUCAUCAUCUUCGUCACAAGUUAUACCAUCAUCGUCACUUUUACCAAUCAACAUCAUAAGAGCAAAAAACAAUAGUUCUAAUCGUGGUAAUUCAAGCAACUAUGCAUCCGAACAACGUUCAAAAGCACGUGAAAUUGUCAAUGGUUUACUUCGUAAAAAUAUCAAAUUGUUAGCAAUUGAUUUCGAUAAAACAUUUUUAUCUAUUCAUACAAUGGGUUAUUAUCAAGGUCAAGUAGAAAAAUUAUUAGAAUAUAUUCGUUCAACAUUUUAUUAUUUGAUCCAAGAAUUAUUGAAUACACCUACUUAUUCUCAGAUCUUGCACGUAUGCAUCGUUUCAUUUUCAUCACAACAUACUUUAAUCAAAAAAUUACUUAAAUUAGCAUUUAAAACAUCUAAAACUGAUCGUAUUCUAAUUCGUUGUAAUACAAAUGAAUUUAUGUCUUGUAUGGCUACGGAUGGUCAAGAUACGUCAUCUUUCCUUGGCAAAGAAUACCACAUUACAUCAAUUAUUACUGAAAUAGCUACAAAACGUAAUAAAACGAUACAACCACAUGAAGUCCUCCUAUUAGAUGAUGAUGUAACAAAUAUUUUAAUAGCUGAAGAAUUUGGUCAUAAAGCUUUAGAAAUACGAGAUGAAAUUAAUUUAGACUUAUUGAAUGAAUUUGUUAAUAAUUAUUUAUAA